AUGGAUGACAACGCGGUGGCUCAGUUCACCGAGAUCACCGGCUCGACGCCUGAGCUGGCAACACAGUACCUGCAGCUUACCGAUUUCAAUAUUGAGCAGGCUAUGCAACUAUUCUUCGAGAAUGGAGGUGCUUCUUUGACUGAGGAACUUCCACGACCAUCCCGUCCCUCCGGAUACCAAGAUGAAUCGGGCGUUGUCCACAUUGAUUCUGAUACCGAUGAUGACGAUAACCUAACCGAUUCUACACAAGCCGCUGCGGGCGCAACCUUCGAAGACGAUGCUGCCAUGGCCCGUCGUCUCCAGGAGGAGGCAUAUGGAGUGGGAGGCGCACCCGAUGAUGAUGGUGUGCGGGCGCCUAUGGCACGCACAACUGAAACGUUGGUGGGGCCUGAGGCGGAUUUCGACGAUGACAUGCACGCCAAUAUUCUGGGCCAGUUACGUGGUCGGCGAAGUGCCGGUCGACCCGGUAUCUUCAAUCAACAAGACACUUCGUCAAUAUGGACCGGGGGAUCGGCGACCCACCAACAAGAAUUAUCGCGAGCCACAGGUGGCGCUUCAGAUGCUUCAUCCAAAUCCAAUAUGCUCGCAGAAAUGUACCGCCCUCCGUUCGAGAUCAUGUCUCGACUGUCAUGGGAUCUGGCUCGUGAUGAAGGUCGAGAAAACGAGAAGUGGCUUCUGGUCAACAUUCAAGACCAGUCGAUCUUUGACUGCCAAGUCCUAAAUCGAGACCUCUGGAAGGAUAAGAGUGUUCAGGAAACCAUCAGAGAACAUUUUGUCUUCCUCCAAUUCUCCAAGGACGACCCUCGAGCUUCGCCAUAUCUUCAAUAUUAUUUCCAGGGCAGCGAUGUCUCCGAUAAUUACCCUCACAUUGCUAUUGUCGAUCCUCGAACUGGUGAAAAGGUCAAGUCCUGGUCCGGACAACCUGUAGUCAAGGCUCCGGAGUUUCUCAUGCAGCUCCAUGAGUUCCUCGAUCGCUACAGCCUGAACCUCAACGUGCGCAAUCCUGUAGCGAAGCGGAAAACAGACAAGCCAGAGAAAACUGUGGAGGCCAUGACAGAGGAAGAAAUGAUGGAGAUGGCCAUGAGAAACAGUCUUGGUGAAGCGGCAACCUCGGGUCCUAAGCUGGAUGAUCCAGAUGAGUUGACUCGCAGCACGGGCGAUGUCAAAGGCAAAGGCAGAGCAGCUGAUGCCGAGGACGAGGAAAUGGAUGAAACAGAAGCUGUUGAAGAGACUGGAGACUCUCGAUUUAACGCCAUCCCCAAUGACAGGCCGCACACAGAGCCUGCCGCUGACCCAGCUACAACCACCCGCAUUCAAUUCCGUCAUCCGGCUGGCCGUGUUAUUCGACGUUUUGCCCUGUCGGACCCAGUUCAACGAAUCUACGAAUGGCUCAAGGCGGAACCCCCUGUUGAGGGCAAGGCUGGUGUUGACUUUGAGCUGAACUCCCUGGGAACAAACUUAAUAGAAUCUCUGGAGACCAGCAUUGAGAGUGCCGGACUGAAGAAUGGUACUGUCAACAUUGGCUACCUCGAGGAAUAG